UGAUGUAUUGUUACUGCCUUGUUGUGUAUGACACAACUAAUUCUGAAAACUCUUCUUAUUUUCUGGUAGGCUGGUGUUUGGGAUGCUGUAUCCUGCAUAUUACUCAUACAAAGCUGUGAAGACAAAAAAUGUGAAGGAAUAUGUUCGCUGGAUGAUGUAUUGGAUUGUAUUUGCUCUUUAUACAGUCACUGAAACAAUAACUGAUCUAACAAUCUCUUGGUUUCCACUGUAUUACGAGCUGAAAAUUGCUUUUGUUAUUUGGCUCCUUUCUCCAUAUACUAGAGGAGCAAGUUUAAUGUACAGGAAAUUUCUCCACCCUCUUCUUUCUUCUAAAGAAAGGGAGAUUGAUGAGUACAUAGUACAAGCCAAAGAAAGAGGCUAUGAGACCAUGGUGAAUUUUGGAAGACAGGGGUUGAAUUUGGCAGCAACGGCUGCAGUGACAGCAGCUGUGAAGAGUCAGGGUGCAAUAACAGAGAAACUAAGAAGUUUCAGUAUGCAUGAUUUGACUACUAUACAAGGAGAUGAACCAGUAGGCCAGAGACCCUAUCAGACAUUGCCAGAAACAAAGAAGAAAACCAGAGCCUCUGCAGAUGAAUCGGCAGGUUUUCCACUGGAAAAAAAUCCUGGAGAUGAUAAAACAGAUGAAGAGGUAGAAGGCACACAUUCAGAGGAUGAAAUGUUUGCUCAGAGAGGCCUUCGAAGAACUCAGAGCAUGAAAUCUGUGAAAACUAUUAAAGGACGUAAAGAGAUACGAUACGGAUCACUGAAAUACAGAGUAAAGAAGAGACCCAAUGUGUACUUCUAAGUUUAUUGCACAAUGCCUGUGAGACAAACUGCUGUAUUGUAACAACUUGAAUUCAAUACUUCAAGUGUUAAAGAUCUGUGUAGAUUCAUAUAAUGAAUAUAUAUGAAUAGAUGUGGUAGGACUUGGUUUUAUGAGCCUAAAUGAUUGGGUAGUGUAUUACUCUGCUUUUCUGUAAUUGCUUAUUGUUAGACUUAAAUCUGGAGAAGCUAUAGGAUAAAUUUCAGUGCUUCACAAAUAAGGUUUAAAUGAGUUACAGGAAACAGCCUGACUUUUCCAGAGGUGUUGAACAGAUUGAAAUAAUUGCAAGUCCAAACAAAUUAGCAGAAGCUGUAAGUGUUUGGAGCUUGUGAAAGUCAAACCCAUAGUAUCCUCUAGUUUACAUGGAAAAAAGUAGAUAUACUUGAAAUAUUUUUCUGAACUGCAGUUCCUGAAAAGGCCUUCAUGUAAUUGAAAAAUAUACGGUUUAAGGAACCGUGUAUUAAGGUGAUAGUGAGGAAGGAAAAGCAAAGAUAUAGAAUAUCCUUAAGAUCAUCUUUUCACCACAUAUUUCCGAGCUUAACAAACUUGUAUAAUAGUAAUAGGUGCAAAAUGGGGGUACGUUUAGCACUUUAUGCAAAACUGUGUAGUUUUGCACACUUACUGAUUUACAGCUGCACAUGUAAUUUUAGUUAAUUCUUAGGCAGGUUAGAUUUAUACUGUAGGCUUUUUAUAACUCACAUUGAUUGCUUAGGUACACUUAGGAUGCUGUAGAUAAUCGCAGCUAACACUUAACAAUAUUAUCAGGUGCCUUUCUGUGUCUUACAGGGCUGUGGUAUUAUCUGUUUUUUGUUUGUUUCACUU